UUGGAUGCCCACUCCUGACUCCACCCCAGCUCCACCUCCGUGGUCCAGCCCAAGUAGAGUCUCCGUAACAUCAGCUCCCACCCCCAUCCUUCUACGCCUUUCCCUCUCUCCUCUGAUUGACAGUAAGUCUGGCCACUUCAGACAGCUCCUUUCUUUAGCCUUCGGGGGAAGGUGGAUCAGUAAGGGUCAGGUGCACUGCAGAGCGUCGGGAAACUUGCAGAUUUUUUUUUCUGAAAAUGGAUUCAAAAUUCUGUUGCUGUGUGUUCUUCACACUGUCUGCAUUAACAUUUUCAGUCGCAUUUUCUGAACUACAACAUGAGCAAAAAAUUCUGCUGGUUUCUUUUGAUGGAUUCCGUUGGGAUUACAUCUACAGAGUACCCACACCCCAUUUUCAUUAUAUCAUGAAGUACGGUGCCUAUGUCAAGCAAGUUACUAAUGUUUUUGUUACAACAACCUAUCCUAAUCACUAUACUUUGGUGACUGGUCUCUACCCAGAGAGUCAUGGCAUAAUUGCCAAUGAUAUGUAUGAUUCUACUCGGAACAAAACCUUCUCCUUGGAAGACAUGAACAUCUAUGAUUCAGAAUUUUGGGAAGAUGCAACCCCAAUAUGGAUCACAAAUCAAGGUGCAGGACAUAACACUGGUGCCGCGAUGUGGCCUGGAACAGAUGUGAAAAUACAUGGAAAAUUUCCUACCUACUAUUUGCCUUACAAUGAGUCUGUUUCAUUUGAAGACAGAGUCAGAAGACUUAUUGAAUGGUUUAAGUCCAAGAAACCCAUAAAUCUUGGUCUACUUUACUGGGAGGAUCCUGAUGAGAUGGGCCAUAAUUUAGGUCCCGACAAUCCCCUCAUGGACUCUGUUAUUUCUGAUAUUGACAAUAAGUUGGGGUACCUCAUCAGCGAGCUGAACAAAGAAAAAUUGUGGGACAAAAUGAACCUCAUUAUCACAAGCGAUCAUGGCAUGACACAGUGUUCUGGGGAAAAGAUCAUAGAGCUUGACCAAUAUGUUGAUCCAAAUGACUACAUCCUGAUAGACCAUUCACCAGUUAGAGCCAUUUUGCCAAAAAAAGGUAAAUUUGAUAAGAUUUUUGCAGCAUUGAAUAAUGCUCAUCCUAACCUGACUGUUUAUAAAAAAGAGGAUAUUCCAGACAGAUUUCAUUACAAGUACCAUCAGAGAAUUCAACCCAUCUUAAUAAUGGCUGACAAAGGAUGGACCAUUUUACAGAAUAGAUCCAAUUCAUUUAUGUUAGGUAACCAUGGUUACGAUAAUGCACUUUCUGAUAUGCAUCCGUUGUUCUUGGCCCUUGGUCCUGCUUUCAAAAAGAAUGUUUCAAAGGAAUCCAUAAACUCUACAGACCUGUACCCUCUGCUGUGCUAUAUUCUUGACAUUCCUCCACUGCCACACAAUGGAUCACUGGCGAACGUAAAGGAACUUCUUUCUACAACAGCCCCCAAAGCAAUUUCACCCAGUGUGAUGACUCCACAGAGCAACAUGAAUCUAAAGGUUUACAAACUACAUUCAUAUGCUUACUUUGUGGGCGUCUUCCUUGGGAGCAUCAUAGUGAUUGUGUUUCUUCUAGUGUUUGUUAAGCAUUUAGUUCACAGCCAAAUGCCCACCAUACAAGAGCGGAAUGCUGAAAUAGCUCAGCCAUUGCUAUGGUCUUAAGAGCUCUUUGGAACAGAGAACUUUAUAGCUAGGUGUUUGUUGUUUUAAAAAAAAGGUGUGAUUUCAGGAAAUCAACUUCAGAAUUUGCAUAGAAAGAACAUAGUGUUUUAUACAAACACACAUCACAGUUCACCCAUGUACCAUACAUACAACUAAAGUUCACAAUGCUCUUUACCUGCAUGAGAUUAAAAAUAUAACUAAGGGCAUGUCUUUAUUUUAUUCUUUAGUUGGGGAGAAGGUUAAUAUCCAAUGUUUGUUUUUUGUUGGUUUAAAAAAACAACAACAAAAAAAAAAACACCUUUACCUUCCAUCUUAGAACAAAUAAUAAAUAUUGGUUCCAAGGCAGAAGAGUGGUAAGGGUUAGGCAAUGGGAGUUAGAUGACCUGCCCUGGGUUACACAGAGAGGAAGUGUCUGAGGCUAGAUCUGAACCCAGGACCUCCUAUCUCUAGACUCAAUCCAUUGAGCCACCCAGCUUCCCCUUAAUAUCCAAUGUUAAGCAAUAUUGGACAUGUUGUGACUUUUCAUCCUUUCAAAAAUUUAAAUUUUCAAAUAUACAAUGCACUUUAUGGACUAUUGAGUCCUAACAUUUGGCCAAUUGAUGAAAAACAGAACUCAUCAUGCCCAUCACUAGCAAAAUUUUCCUGAUAAAAGAAGAGGUGUGAUUCUCUGCCUACAAGAGAGAUACAAAAGUUGCUUCAAAAUUACAUAAUACGUCUCCUUAAAAAUUAGGAGACCUAGAUUAAAUUGUCCUCAGCUAAAAAGGCCCACCUUUCCUACCCUUAUGCCUACCUGUAUUGGUUGAGAGAUUACUUUUAUCAGGUAGUCUCUUUAACCAGAGAAAUCACAGGUCCAGUCCCUUUCCUGUAACAUUACAAUCAAUAUUGAUGAAAUACCUUUUCUUCUAAGACCCUCAAAACAAAACAUAAAGUGGAGAAGAUUAUCUUAACGAUAGCUUCAGAAUAAACAUGAAAAAGGCUAGGCAUACAUGAAUUAGUAACUAGCAAGAAUUAAGUUUAAGCCUAAGGUUAUAUGUUCAAAAAAUACUUAUCAAGAUAAAUGGACUAUAAAUUUAAAGCUUUUAAAGAAGAAGGUACUUUGCUAGGGGCUGGGAAGUGGGGGUCAUAGAUGAAUUGGUUUUAGGAAUUUUUUUUUCAUUUCCAUUUAGUACUUGUUAUGUGUCAUAUGUCAUCCCAGCAGCCCCUUUCAUUCCCAACUGUAUCUUAGCACAAAAAAAUGUAUUUUAAAGGCACUUAGGUAGUGAGAUGAAUAGUUCCUGGGUCUGGAGUGAGGGAGAUUUAUCUUCCUAAAUCAGGUGUGGUCUCAGACACUGGGUAAAUCACUUAACCCUGUUUGCCUCAGUUUUCUCAUUUGUAAAAUGAACUGGAGAAAGAAAUGGCAAAUCACUUCAGUAUCUUUGACAUGAAAACCCCAAAUGGGGUCAUGAAGAUUCAGACUUGACUGAAACAAUUAAACAACAAACACUUCAAGUUUAAGACAUUUUUUUCAAGUGUUUAAAGGGCUUCUCAGAGGGAAGAGAAAAGAGAGGUGGUUUUUUCCCCCUCUUGUUUUAAGUAAUGGGAAAUGACAUCAUUUCUCCUAAUAGAUAAAUUCUCUAAGUAGGUCAGAAAUGUAACUCAUAGAAAAUCUUUACAUAUAAAUUGAUAUAUAUAUACAUAUAUAUUUGUACUAAUGACUAACAAACAAGCUGCUAGAAGCAUAAAAGAAUGGUAAGAAGUGUGAAAUUUUAAAGAGCUACUAUAACUGCACUUUAAUGCUUUCUAAAAUAAUGUGAACAGACCAUUUGUUGGAUAAUAGUACUAUUAAUACACAUUAACACCUGAGUUGUUUUAUAUAAUAAUGAAUGAUGGCACCUAGGCUGAUUACAAGUUUAUAAGUCUCUUUAAGCUGUGAAACAUGAUACUGAUAUUUAAUCUCAAGAAAUCUAGAACCUGAGUCAGCCAUCUUGGACAAUGUAUGCAUCAAUUUUGACUUUCCAUUUUCCUGCUUACCUUUAAUGUUGGGAUGUUGCUAUGUGGAUGAUGUAAAUAGAAUGUGUUGUCUUUAAGGGUCAACUGCCCAUUUUUUAAUUUGUUUGUAUUUUGCGGGGUGGGGGAUGUCUGUAAAUGCAAGUAUCAUGAAGCCAGAUUUUCCUCCAUUCUAGAAGUUUCUGAUACAGUAAACAAUAAGAUGUAAGAAAAAUUAUUUAAUAAUGAAGAAAAAAUCAACCUUGUAAUGAUUCCAUUAAAAUUAAGAUUCUAAUAUA